AUGCGAACGACAACAGCCGCCACCUUGCUACUUGCAGCCGUCGGCUCAAUCGCCGCUCCCGCUUCUAUCGAGUCUCGCCAUGUCCUCCACGAGCGCCGUAGUUUAACUACGUCCCCGUGGCAAAAGAGAGAGCGCCUCCAUGGCGAUGCCAAACUACCGAUGCGCAUCGGCCUGACGCAACGCAACCUGGAUCAUGGAGCUUCGCUGCUCGAUAGCUUGUCGUACCCAAGUUCUGCAAGCUACGGCAAGUAUUUGAGUGUUGAAGAGGUUACAGAUCUUUUCGCUCCAUCUACAGAUACCGUAGAAGCAGUACAGAGCUGGCUUGAGGCAGCUGGAAUCCAUGCAAGCCGUGUCUCCCAAUCGGUCAACAAGCAGUGGUUGCAAUUCGAUGCCAAGGCUUCCGAGGCCGAGGAGCUUUUCAAGACGAACUACCACCUCUACGAACAUGCUGAGCAUGGUUCCUCAAGCGUUGCCUGCGAUGAAUACCAUGUGCCUUCACACAUCCAGAAACACGUCGACUACAUCACUCCAGGCAUCAAGUUCUCCGCAAUCAGCGGCCGCAAGCCAGCAUCGAGUUCGAUCAAUAAGCGCACAUCCCUCGGUCGUCCCGGUGGUCCCGGUUCUGGUGGUCCUGGAUUUGGUGGUGGCAGCGGCCACGGCUGGCGUCCCCGCCCGCCACCCAUGCAACCUAUGCCACCAGGUCUCCCACCAACACCACAACUUGGCAACAACAACUGCACGUACGUCGCCACUCCCGAGUGCAUCGCCACAUUGUAUAACAUUACCAAGGGUACUUCAGCGCACCCUGGCAACGAACUUGGCAUCUUUGAGGACCUUGGGGAUAUAUAUUCUCAGGAGGACCUUGACGCCUUCUUCUCGAACUUGGCACCAUACAUCCCGAAUGGCACGCACCCUCAACUGGACGCCAUCGACGGUGCCAUAGCACCUGUGGCGAGGAACAUAUCUGGCGAAGAAUCCGCCCUCGACUUCCAAAUCAGCUACCCGAUUAUCUGGCCUCAGCAGAGUGUAUUGUUCCAGACAGAUGACUACGUGUAUGAGAACAACUACACUUUUCAGGGAUUCCUUAACAACUUCCUGGAUGCAAUUGACGGCUCCUAUUGCUCAUACAGCGCCUUUGGCGAGACAGGCAACUCACCUGAUGAUCCACCCUAUCCGGAUCCAGCACCUGGCGGCUACAAGGGCGCUUUACAGUGCGGAGUUUACAAGCCAACGAACGUUAUCUCCAUUAGCUACGGAGGGACCGAAUUUGACCUACCGAUGAGUUACCAGAGACGUCAAUGUAACGAGUUCAUGAAGCUAGGCCUGCAAGGUGUCUCCAUUUGCGUUUCGUCUGGAGACUCAGGCAUAGCUGCGAGGGGUGCAAAUGGUACUGCUAGCAACUAUUGCUACGGCCCGAACAAGAACCUUUUCGUUCCGGCAUUUCCAGCAACUUGCCCGUACUUGACGACAUUGGGAGCGACCGUAUUGCCACCGGGCGCUGAUGUGCACAAGGAUCAAGAGAUAGCCGUGACACGCUUUCCAUCCGGUGGAGGAUUCAGCAACAUCUACCCACCACCCAACUAUCAGAAGGCAGCCGUGGCGAGAUACUUCGAGAUUGACAACCCUUCCUAUCCUUCCUACAGUUGCGAGUACAACAGCUCCGCCUGCUUCACCAAUGGCGGCUUUUACAACCGCGGUGGUCGUGGCUACCCUGACUUCAGCGCCAUCGGCGAUAAUGUCUUGAUCUAUUUCAAGGGCAAGCCUGUUCGAAUUGGCGGUACUUCUGCCUCCUCUCCAGCCUUCGCAUCCAUCUUGACUCGCAUCAACGAGGAACGUCUCAAGAUUGGCAAAUCGACCGUCGGCUUUGUCAAUCCUACAUUGUAUGCGCAUCCGGAGGUCUUGCAUGAUAUCACCAACGGCACGAAUCCUGGCUGUGGUACGCAAGGCUUCAGCGCUGCAAGCGGUUGGGAUCCUGUUACAGGACUUGGAACGCCGAACUAUCCUGGUGAGUAG